AUGGAAGAUAUAAAUGAGUGCGAACUGGACCUGGACGAUUGUGAACACAGAUGUGUUAACCAUCACAAAUUGUAUAACUGUUUCUGUCAUUUUGGUUAUCAUCUAAAUGAUGAUAGAAAAACCUGCACAGAAGUUGAAAACCCAUGCAAAGAGGAAUUAAACCUGCAUUGUAUGCAUUUUUGUGUUAAAUCCAAAGAUUCCGCACACUGUGAGUGUCGGAAAGGUUAUAAAAUCGGAACUGACAAUCAAACUUGUCUUGAUAUCGACGAAUGUUCUGCUCCACAAUCUCAUGACUGUAGUGGAGGCGCUGAAUGUAUAAACACGGCUGGUUCAUACCAGUGUAAAUGUCCUAGAGGAUCUAAGCUGGAAAAUGACGGGAGAACAUGCUCUGAAUGUGACGAGUAUCACUUUGGUGAAGACUGUUUACAAAACUGUCUCUGCAUCAAUGGCUACUGUGAUAAUAAAUCAGGAUGUAUAUGUGAUGCCGGAUGGUUUGGGAACGAUUGCGAUAAAGACAAAGAUGAAUGUGCCAGUUCAGUGUGCGACGAUGGUGACGCCAAUACACGCUGUGUGAACACACUGGGCAGCUUUGAAUGUAGAUGCAAGUCAGGGUUUAAGAAUGAAAGUGGAAUAUGUAAAGACAUUGACGAAUGUUUAGAUGUGAAACUGCAUACCUGUGAUCAAAAUUGUACCAACACUGCCGGCUCCUAUGUUUGUAAUUGCCAAGCAGGAUUUGCAUUUGUUAAUGGCAAAUGUACCGACAUAGACGAAUGUCUGGGAGUAUCAGGAUGUGACCAAAGUUGUGAUAAUACAAUAGGAAGCUACAAAUGUUCAUGUAGAGAGGGAUUCAACUUGGAGCUAACUGACAGACAAACUUGUAAACCCGCAAAUGCAUGCAAUGAAACCGGUAGUAGCCAGUGCUCAGAGAAAAACGCGGAAUGUAAAGUGUCUAAUGGAGAAAUAGAAUGCUACUGUUUGAAGGGCUACUCAUUUAACAAUAGUGACAUCUGUGAAGAUCUUAAAGAGUGUUCAGAAAACACUACACCUUGUAAAAAUGGGGUUUGUCGGGAGAAGGAAGGUGGAUUUAACUGUGAAUGUGAAACUGGAUCUUAUCUUUUACAAGACGGAAUAACUUGUCAAGUUUGUGAAAAGACAAGGUUUGGACCAAACUGUACCUCUACGUGCAAGUGCAAGUCUGAAAAUACGAAAGUAUGCGACCCAAAAAGUGGAGCAUGUGAUUGCUUGACUGGAUGGCAAGGUGAUACAUGUGAAGUUGAUGUGAAUGAGUGUGAUAGUCAUACAUUACAUGAAUGCACAUACAACUCCAAGUGUUUAAACACGAAUGGGUCAUACAUCUGUGAGUGUGUCACCGGAUACGUCAUGACAAGUGAUGAUUUGUGCGAAGGUUGUGACAGACAACACUACGGAAAAAACUGUUUGCUUGAAUGCAGCUGCGUACAAGAUAAUACUGAUUUCUGUAAUAACACGGUCGGAACUUGUACAUGCUUUGAGGGAUGGACUGGUGAAACAUGUGCUCAAGAUGUGGAUGAGUGUUUAGAAAUAACAGACGUCUGUUCUAAUAAAAUACACUCUGAAUGUCGAAACACAAAUGGUUCAUACAAAUGUGGCUGUAAAAGAGGAUACUUUCCUCAAAAUAACACGUGUAUAGACAUUGACGAAUGUCAGGAUGGAUCCGGAAACUGCACACAAGAAUGUGAAAAUACUGAAGGUGGUCAUCUAUGCAAAUGCUAUCUUGGAUAUAAAGGUUCCUGGAAUAAUUGUUCCGCAUGUUUUGGUAAUACAUUCGGACUAAACUGUACCCAACUCUGCAGUUGUAAUGCGUCGAAUGCGAAAAAUGCGGAGCAGUUAUGUGAUACCAGAACUGGCGAAUGUCUGUGUAAACCCAAUUGGCAAGGCAUCACAUGCGAUGAUGACGUUAAUGAAUGUAAUGACGUCACAAUUUGUAGUGGAAAGGAGAACACCGGAUGUAACAACUUGAUAGGGUCACAUAGCUGUGACUGUCUUAGAGGAUUCAAGCAAGAAGGCGGAAAUUGCAUCAGAGUUACCACGACCCCUAUAAACAUUCCUGAAAAUUAUAGUUUUGUAAAUUUUGUGACACGGUUGCAAGUUACUUUGACAGAAGGCACAAAUUUGGACACGUCGGAAGCAUAUGAAGCUGUCAAGAACAAGGCCGAAUAUGGGAUUCUGCGUUUCCAUGAACAGUAUACGUCUAACAACAUCACAGUUCUAGUGCUGGAUAUAAGAACUGGAAGUCUCAUCGUUAACUACUCUGUCAUUUACGACUCCAAGCAUUCUGAUACUGGCGAAAGUCUUGUUUACUCGGCUAUUGAUUUGGCAACAGGAAGUACUGUUGAAUAUGACGGACAACCCGUGCGCGCUUAUAGUGAAAUAUUCAGGAAUGAUACAGACGUUUGUGAAAUAUAUACCCAGCUACUGGGAGCCUGUCGUGAGGGAUAUGAAUGUAUAAAAGAAAAUGAACUCCCAGAAUGCAGGGAAAUACCCAUCAAAGACAUACCCUUAUACUUGAUUGUUGGUACCAGUGUUGGUUUUCUUCUCGUAUGUAUCUUGAUAUUCAUAUUUUGCACUUGGAAACUGUGGAAAUGGCGGCAGAUGUCAAAGGUCAAGGAGAACGUGAAGCAUAUGAAUAGAAUUUAUGGUAGUGUACAUCGUGAUAGCAUCGAGCAUCCUUAUUUGAGUGUACAUCGUGAUAGCACCGAGCAUACUAGAAAUGAAGAUGUAGAUAUGAAUUAUGACCAAAUCAAAGAUAACUACAAGACCACAACUUUCUGAAUGGAAUACAAAUGGAAAAUUAUCAAGAACAUCCUGAUGACAUGAUGUAUUGAUGUUUAAUUUCUGAGACGUCAGAUGUGGCUUUAAUUCUAGAUCAUGUCCUCUUGAUAAGCAAUUUCUUAAGUCGGUUUGGCGCAAGAACACCAGAAAUCAAAAAGAAAGAACAUCUACCACAACUAAAGUUUAUUUAGAACUAAACAAUUGUGUGAAGAUUAAUAAUACUUAUUCAAGAAUAUACGGAUGUAUCUAAAGAGAGCUAUAAUGAAAAAUAUGUGCAAGUGUUUUAGUUCCACCUCCUGAAGAAAUCGUUUCUUUUCAAAAAAUAAAACAACUUUUAAACACUGUACAUAUAUCAUUUGAUCAUCAUAAUAUGUUUAUAUUGUUCUUACAUUUUCUGAAUCAUUUUAGCAAGGCGUUCUAAGUCUUGAAUGACUGAGCUCUCAACAUUGUGCAGAUAUCAUUAUCAAUGUUCGAAGAUCCCUAUAAUUUGUAACACUUAUUGUUCUUCCCUUCAAUGCAAGGGGCUCAUCCAACGUGGACUUGUUGACUAAACAUAAAAGCUCUUAAAACUUCUGUUCAAUCAGAUGUUGACAUUCAUUGCUUGAUUGCUUUUUUUGUUUGUUUGUUGUUGUUGUUUUUUUUUUUUGUUUUUUUUUUGCUCUUUUUUUACUAUUAUUAUACUGAUUAUUUAUCCUCAUUAAAGUAGAUAGUGUCUUGCAAAAUGUUGCAAAAAUUAUAGAUACAGCCUUUACACCUUUGUCCAUAUUGAUAUCACAAUGUAUUUAAAUCGUAUUAUAUUGUUAAAGAUCGCUUCCACUUUCCAUCAUUUCGAUCAUUUUAAUUAAAAUUUCAUGGAAACUACAAUAUGCUCAUUAAACGUAAGAGGUCUUGUUAACACACAGAAAAGGAAACAAGUAUUCCAAUGGCUGAAAAAAAAAACAAACACAAUAUUGACUGCUACAGGAGACACACCUAAUUAAUAAUAACAUUGACAGAUGGAUAUCUGAGUCGGGCGGAAAAGCCUUUUUUAGUGGUAAUAAGUCAAAUAAAGAGGCUGUUGCCAUACUUUCUUUAUUGACAUUAAAAGCUUUGAUCUAUCAAACUAUACUGAAAUAUUAAAAAAGCCGUUUAAUAGCCAUUAAUAUAAACUAACUAUGAUAGAGAGUUUACACUUUUAAAUGUAUAUGGUCCAAAUACUGAUGAUGUUGCUUUUUUCAUACAAAUCAAAAAAUAUUUAUUCGAAAAAGAUGAUAAGAAUUUUAUUAUAGCUGGUGACUUUAAAUACAGUAAUGAACAUAGAAAAAAAGGAAUGGUAGAUUAUAUACUCCUACUAAAUCUAGGCAUAAACUCAGCAGUAUAAAACAGCAACUGAAUCUAACAGAUAUAUGGAGGCAUACGCAUGAAAACAAAAUAAGAAUAUUCAUAGCAUUUCAGUACAAUCUCACCUAUAUCCAGCCGACUUUUAAAAAUAAUAUGUUAAAACUUGUGAGAUAACACCAGGUUUUAAAACAAACCAUGCAUUAGUAAAUUUAUACAUUAAUUUUUCAAAUACGGAACGUGGCCCAGGAUACUUUAAAGUAAAUAAUAGAAUUUUACUAGAAGAUAACCACCAAAGCGUUAUGAAAAAAGGAGUAUUUCAGACACAAUCAGAUAUAAUGUUGAAGCUAAUCCUAACACACUAUGGGAAUUGAUAAAGGGAAACAUAAGAAAUGUAACAAUCUUUGCCAACAUUGAAAAAAGACAGUCAUAAAAUAGAUAAUAGUAAAAAUGUAAACAGGUCUGUCAUAAAAAAGAUAAUAGUAAAAAUGUAAACGGUUCUGAAAUUUGAUUUUGAAAAAAAAGAAGUAAUGAAGUAGAAUGCUAUACAAAACUCGACAUUAUAAAAUUCAGAUUCCUAGAAAUACUGCUUUCUUUAAUCGACAGGAAAUAAAUUAUCAAACGAAGAAUCCCAUAAAUGUGAAAGCCAACUUCCUGAACAUGAAUAUUCACAGGCGCUGCUUUCGAUGAAAAAUAAUAAAAGUCAUGGAUCUGACGGGGGUUGACCACGGAAUUCCAUAAAGUUUUUUAGGAUGAUCUAAAAGUAUUUUUAUUUUAACUCUAUAAACUACUCCUUUCUGAACGGCGAGUUAACAGAUCUUCAAAAACAAGGUAUUAUCACAUUAUUACCAAAACAGGGUAAGGGGUAAGGACACAACAAGACUAUCAAAUUGGCAGCCAAUAAGCUUAUUAAUUAAAUGUAGAUUAAAAAAGUAGCCAUUAAGGCCAUCGCCAAUCGUAUAAAUAAGGUAUUGCCUUAAAUAAUAAGCAUUGAACAGACCGGUUUUAUGAGAGGCCGCUAUAUACGAGAAAAUGUACGUAAUUUCUUUCAAAUUCUGGAAUACCUUGAAAAAAAAAUAACCGGAAUUAUAUUCUCAGAUUAUGAAAAAACAUUCGACAGCCUUAACCACGACUUUAUGAUGUAUCAAUGUUUACAUUAUUUUAACUUCGGAGAAUCGCUUAUUAAUUGGAUUAAACAUUUUACAACAAAAUAAACACCUUGAUAAUAAACAAUGGCUAUUUAUCAGAUUUCCCAAAUCAGCAUGGAGUACGACAAGGAUCUCCGCUAUCCUCCACUAUAUUCAUUAUAUGUAUGGAGGUACUGUCAAGAAAAAUUGCGCAAGACGAGAACAUAAAAGGAAUCACAAUUAACAACACUGAAUUAAAACAAACAUUGUUUUCGGAUGACGGUACAUAUAUAAAUAAUGGUGAAAAGAAAUCUUUUGAAAUCCUCAUUAAAAUCAUCACUGGAUUUGGUUGGGUAUUCGGCCUCCAACGGAUCUCAUCAAAAUUCAUAAUUUUAUGAGCAGGAUCAUUAGAAAACUUAAACACAGUGUUUUCUGAAUACAACAAUUUUAUUUGAACAUCAAAAUGUGCAAAAUCCCUAGGAAUGACGUUCUAGAUAAAUAUUGAACUAAAUAAUAGAUUCAACAUUGAGCCUAAACUUUUGGAAUUUAAAAAUUGCCUAAAACAAUGGCAGCAUCGUUAACUUACACUUCUAGGUUAAGUAACAGUUGUCAAAACAUUUGCAUUGCCAAAACUUGUAUACGCUUUUACAAUUUUACCAAAUCCAACUAUAACUACAAUUGAAGAAAUAAAUGCACAUAUAUACGGGGGGCAACAAGCCAGAGAAAAUAAAACGUAAUAUACUAGUAGGAGGUUUACAAUUAACAGACAUCCAGGGUUUCAUAGCUUCUAUUAAGGCAUGCUGGAUCAAAUGACUUAUUUCAGAUGAAAACAAAGGGAUAUGGAAAUGUUUUUAUGAACAAAUAUUAGAUAAAAUGGGAAAUGAACGUAUUUUUGAAUGCAACAUGACGUAGAAAGACAUUGAAAAUAAAACAGAAGGCAGCAUUCCCCUAAGAUGUAUUCUAACUUCAUGGUUCAAAAUAAAGACGGAAUAUAGUCAUUCAGAAAAACAAACCAUCAAUAUUGUCUGGAAUAACUCUUAAAUAAAGGUAAAAGGAAAACUAUUUUCUAGAAAUGCUGGUAAGGAAAAAGGCAUACAAUAUUUUGAGCAAUUGUUCAAUUUUAGAGCAAAUACAUAUUACAGAUUCACAAAAAUGAAGACUCUGUAUCGAUUACAAGAACAAGACUUUCUUGACUACUGUAAACUGAUAACAAGCAUCCCUAAAUGCUAUAAAAACAAAGUCAACCAAGAAUUGUUUGACACAGCUCAGAGAAGAAACAUUUUACAAAGGAAAAAAAUGUAAAAACCAAAUCAGUUUUUAAAUAACAUACAGAUAAAGAAUAAAAAGAUAGGAUGUAGUAAAUCUGAAAACAAAUGGAACAAAACUUUUAUAAAUGACAGUUGAGAUUGGAAUAUAAUAUUCCAUAUUCAACAACAAUCGAUACACUGUUGAGAAGUUUCGAAUACAGAUUCUUAAGGGGUUUAGUACCAACAAAUUAAUAUCUCUUUACAUGUAAAUUAGUACCAUCAUCCCUCUGUGACUUUUGCAACAUGUAUAUAGAAACUGAUGAACACUUUUUUUUGGAAUGUACACAUGUACGAAUUGUAUGGUCCCGAGUUGCUGUUUUUUUGGGUUUUUUUUUUUUUGUCUAAAGGCUUAAACUACUGUUUAAGUUACAAAGAUAUUUGUUUUUGCAUCUUCGAUAACAGACGAAAUAAUGAAGUUGUCAACUUUAUUAUAAUUCUUUGCAAUUUUUUAUAUUAAGAAUGAAAUAUAGGAAAACAAUUCCAACAUUUGAACUGUAUAAAUUUUUUCUCAAUAAUAGAAUAACAGUAAUGAAAUAAAUUGCACUAACAAAAAACAAGCUAGAAAUACUCAGUCUGAAAUGAUCAUGUCAGUUUUCAGUUACUAGCAUAUCGUAGUUUACCAUAAGAACUUUUAUAAUAAGUAUUAACAUAGAUGAAAGAGAUAAAUUUGUUUUGCCUUUCUCUCCUUUCUACUUUAAAUUUAAAAGAAUAGCUUUUUUCAACCUGACCAAAACUUAGCAAUAUCAUUUCCUCAGUAUGCUGCUGCUGUUUCCCUUUUAUUUGUGGUUAAGACAAAAAGUAUGCAAUUUUACUAAAAGGUGCACACUACAUUUAGCUUUAUCUAAUUUGCAUAAUCAUAUUUUUGUGAAAUACAAGAAUACAAUGUGUUUUUAAAUGAAAAUGUAGACAAUGUACAUGUCAAUAUUAUGACACUUUAUAUUCAGGUGUAAAUGUGUACCUGUAUGUAUCUACAAUUGAUAUAGAAAAAUAAACGAGGUUACCCGAAAGGGGCCUCAAAAAAGAAUAUAUAUUUAUAUACUGGCGAUGAUCUCACCAUCAGUGAUUCUUCAGUUUGAAGCAGACGAUCAAGCGCAUGUGGCCGGUGAAACGUAUAUAUAUUAUUUUGUACCUUUACAUGUUUUAUUUAAUAAAUUUAUUUUCAAUUUGA